UUUUAUUAUCUAUAGCAUUGUUUUUCUUAUUGAAUUUCGCAUCAUUUCGUAUUUCAUAAUUUGUUUAUUUCUUUUAUUUCUUAAUCGCAUUAGUUUUUCUGUAUGUAGAAAAUAAAAAAAACAUGGCAAAUCAGGAGAUAAGUUUGAAAUGGAAUGGAUUUCAGAGUAAUAUAUUGACAAAUGUGAAAGAAUUAUACAAAGACGAGGGUUUAUCGGAUGUCACUCUUGUUUCCGAAGGCCAGUGUUUUAAAGCUCACAAAGUUAUUUUAUCAGCUAACAGUUCGGUGUUCAGGUCCAUAUUUCAGCAAAACCCCCACAAGGAUCCGAUUAUAGUGCUUCAUGACAUCAACACGGCUUCCCUGCGCACUCUGCUGACGUUUAUGUACAAUGGUGAGGUUAAUGUGACUGAGGAGUUUCUGCCAAUUCUUCUGAAGACUGCAGACACACUGCGGAUUUGCGGAUUAUCUACUGGAAAUGAUGCUUCUAAAGAGGAUGAGAAAAGUGUAACAGCUGCACAAGGGAAAAAGCGUAAGAAGAGUGAACAUGAAGACAACAAUAAUAAAUGUAAAAAACUGGCCAACAAAACAGAUUUGACUGCAUCAGAACCUGUAAAAACCUCGAACAUUACACCCAAAGUGGAACCUAUUGAUUCACCAUUAACCGAUUACUCUGGAGAAAACACUAAUGACACAGACAUUGCACUCCUGAAGCUGAGAAAGAAAUAUUCCGUCAGCUCGGAAAAUACAAACAAAUCAGUUUGUACUACUGCACCAAAUGACCGUAAUGUUAAGAAAUGGGUCAGCGAAGUAAGUAGUACUCAACCCUGCCUCAAUAUAAGUGAUAAGAGUAAUGGAAUAACUGUUGAUGAUGACAAGGAGAGUAUAGAGAUCGAUAAAGAAGUGGAAACGGUGCUACAAAGUGGUACUAUUGUUGAGUCGUUGAGUAUAACCACGGAGAACUUGAAUUCUGUGUCGAGUGAAGCACAAAAUUGCAAAGACAAGACAAACACAUGCUAUGCUAAUCCUUCGUUUCCGUGCCCGUUUUGCCCGCGAGUAUACAAUAGUUGGGGGUACAGACGGAGACAUGUGAAAUCAAGGCAUGUUACAAACAGGUUGUCGUGCAAGUGGUGUGUGUCAGUGCUUCCGUCUACCGGCGCGUGGUACUCCCACGCCACUCGCACGCACGGCGUCCCACACGAAGAGGCGAGGAACUCGUUAGUGGUCAUGGUUGAGGCUCAUGCAGUGUUGACUCUGAACGAACCCAGUGUCACCCAGUUACUGGGUCAAGUCAGCAUGGACGGCAGUGUCACAGAGAAAAUUAACUAGGGUAUGGUGUUUAAUAUUACAUUGGGUGUAGACUUUCUAGUUUUCUUUGAAGGAUUUGUUUGUGAUUUUCUUGUGGGUUUACAUUAUUUUGAUGAAUGAUUGCCUAUACGAAUACAAAGCUAAAAUGGUGUCAAAAAGUGAGACAGCAAUAUUUUGAUAUUAACAUAUUUUCAUUACAGAUAGUUUAGAAAUUAUAAUUUUUAAUUGAUUAAUGAUUAAUUAAUAUAAAAAGUGUGUCAAAAAAUUAUAAUUAAUUAACAUUAUUGUACACCAUUCAAUGGCAUUCAUGGAUAUGAGAAUGAGUUGGUUUUGACAGUUCUUAUACUGCACACAAACAGAAAACAUUUAUAAAUAUAUUUUAUGGGCAUAUAAAUAUUUAUUAUAAUUAAUCCGUAAUUUAGGAUUUCCAAGAUAUUAUAAAUUUCUUUCCCUUUACAAAUCUGUGUUAUUACGAAUUGAUGGUAUUGAAAUUAUUCAGGAAUUUGAUAUAUCAUAAUAUUUUUACAAGAAAUAACUAAUUUUCAUUUGAUCCGGCUGUAAAGUUUUUAUAAUUAUACAUGAAUUGUUAUUGAAAUUUUACAUCAUAACAUAAGACAGGAAAUAGCCAUAGUAUUAUAUCAAAUAGUAAUUCCGUUAUGUUUGUACAUUUAAUAGUAGUAUUUUUUGUCACAUUAACACCUGUAUUUUCAUAUAAAAUUAAGAGGACUCAGUCUUGGCUUUAUCUGACGGCCAACUGGGGAGUGAAGUGGC